CUUCAAAGGAUUUAUCUUGGGCUACAAGAAUGUGAAGAUACUUACAGAUAGAGCAACAAUAAUAAAUGAUGAUUCUUACAUGCAUCUUGAUAUUGAAGCUGAAUUUUAUAUAUUUACACCAGAAGUAGGAUGUAUAUUAUUAGGCACUGUAAACAAGAAAAGUGUGGACCAUAUUGGUUGCCUGGUUCACAAGUGUUUCCACGUGUCUGUUCCACGAUCCAUGGAUGAGACAGAUGAAAAGUGGCCUGGGACUUCAGUAAACAUAGGAGACCAGGUGACAUUUACAGUAGAAGCAUGUGACUUCACGGGAAGCCUCCCAUACAUUCGAGGGAAACUGUUAAAUUCAAGUCCUGCAAGUGGAACGCCACUGGUGGAAGAUGAAGUGGACAGUAUAUCUGAACCAAGGAAGAAGAAGAAGAAAAGGAAGCAUAAGGAGCCUAACCGGUCAUCAGAAGUUGUAAAAUGUGAUCUGAUGGUCGACAGCUUGGAACAGGUGAACAAGGAACCGGUAGUAGGGCCACAGGCUAGGAAAAGGAAAAGGCACUUGGAGGAUGAUAAUGAAGCAGCAGCGGAGAAAAAUAAGAAAAUGAAGAAACUGGAAGGUUCUAAAACAGUCCACAGUGAGACUCCAGAAAGUGAGGAGUUACAUUUCACUCGCUUGUCUUCUGAAGAUGUGGAGUAUAGCGCUAUUCUGCAAGAUCUGAAAGAGACUUACUUGAAUGAAACACACAAAGAUUUGGACUCUUCACGCAAGAAGAAGAAGAAAAAGAAGAAACAUAAGUCACACAGAGAUACAGAUGAGAAUAAGAAAACUAUUGCUGAAGUGGCAAAAGAUCCUGAACAUGCAAAUGAGUGUAAUGGAGAUGAGGUGAUCAUGCACUUUCUUGAUCAUGCACAAAAAGUUAACAAAAUCCAUAAGAAUAAAAAUGAACAGGAAGAGAAGUUGGUUGGAGAGAUUCCAGACCUACUGGCAGUUUCAGGACUGUAUAAGACCAGUGCAAAGGUGGAGGAGAAUUUCAUUACAUCAGGCAGUUCUGUAUUUCCUGGGAGUAGUCAGCAGAAAUCUCAGUCUGAUAUAAAAGACUUAAGCCCAAAAGCAAAAAAGAGAAAACUGAAGAAACAUGAUUUGCACAGUGAGGAAUUAUCAGAUGUUAAGAAAAAACAUAAAACAAAGAAAAGACAUAAAGAAAAGAAAAGUAAGAUUAAAGAUAACAAAAGAAGAGAGCACAAAGACAAAAGGAAAAUAAAAAAUGCAAAAGAUCACAAAGAAAAUAAAGAAGGAGAAAUAGAAAGCAGUUCAGGAAUUCUAAAAAAAAUUAUAGAAAAAGAGGAAAAGCAUAAAGAAGAAAGGACCAAAGUAAAAGAUGCUGAAGGGAAACAGGAGAAGAGUAAAGGAAAUGAUACUGAAGAUAAUUUAAAUGAUCUAAAAUCUUUAGCGUCAAAACUGUUCAGCAAUUUCCUUCAACAAGGAAAGUGAAGUGUGUAUACCUGUAUGUAUGAUAUGUACAUUAUAUUUACAGAGAAAACUACAGAACCAAACUCACAGAUUAUGUAUGUUAUAUAAUUUUAUUUUAGAAUUAAGUGAUAGAAGAAACUUCACUUAUUUUAAUUUUUUA